AUGCCACCACGGCCGAUAGCGGAUGACUUGGUGUCCGGUGAACGACGGAUGGAAUGGAUGGAUGGGUGGAUGGAUCGACGCGUGGACGAGUUAGCGCGAUGGGGAGAGAGAGAGGGAGGGGGACUCGACGCGGUCGAUCGGGCGACUCGGACGAGGAAGGAGUGUUGUUUGUAUGUAGGUCGAAUGUUGGUUGGGGUGCAGGGUGCAGCUCGUUACCAGAGUGGAGAAGAUGUAAAAGAUGGAGUAUCGACGAGUCGCGCGAAAGAAGAUUUAUAUCAUUUGACCUUGGCGAUGCAUCGAUCACCGGCCGAGUGA